CCUCAACUAAGUAAACCUUUAAAAAAGGACAAACAUUACAGGAUGUCUGCUCAACUAGAAGAUGACAAGUUGAACAGAAAUCAAACCGUUAUGACGAAAAAUACCGAUACUUCCUCUAUCGGAUCACAGCUAUGGGGGUUGGACCACUACCGUAUGCCCCUGAAACAGGUGGAGGAACUCUACAACACAGAUGUCCAGGAAGGAUUAACAACGCGCAGAGCGGAAGAGUUGCUUAAGCAGUAUGGCGAAAAUACUCUUGGUGAUGAUCAGAAGAUCUCGCUUGCUAGUAUUAUCAUCCAUCAGUCUUUCAACGCCAUGAUUCUUGUGCUUAUUAUCUCCAUGGCCAUUUGUCUGGGUAUUCAGGAUUGGAUCUCUGGUGGUGUCAUUGCCUUUGUCGUUUUCAUCAAUGUGUCCAUCGGCUCAUUCCAAGAGUACAAGGCCUCCAAGACCAUGAACUCGCUAAAGUCACUCUCUUCGCCUACUGCAAAGGCAUAUAGAGAUGGUGAAUUGGCCACCAUCCCAACCAAGUACGUUGUCCCAGGUGACAUUGUAGAAGUUAAAGUUGGUGAUACGGUCCCAGCUGAUUUCAGAAUUAUCGAUUCCUUGAACUUUGAGACCGAUGAGGCCCUGCUCACCGGUGAGUCCUUGCCAGUGGUUAAGGACCACACCGUUGUCUACGAUGAUGUAGUUGGAGUUGGUGACCGUCUAAACAUGGCAUUCUCCUCCUCCAUUGUCACUAAAGGUCGUGCUACUGGUAUCGUUGUCAAGACUGGUUUGAACACUGAGAUUGGUGAGAUUGCCCAGUCAUUGAAAAACUCAAAGAGAUCAUUGAAAGGUGAUGAGGAAACCUCUACUUUGCAGAACUUGUGGCAGUUGACCAAGCACGGUAUUGGAUCUUUCUUGGGUACCACAGUUGGUACUCCUCUCUCUAGAAAGUUGUCCAAAUUGGCCAUUCUUCUCUUCAUCAUUGCGGUUAUCUUUGCGAUCAUCGUCAUGGCUACACAGGAAUUCCGUGUCACGAAUGAAAUUGCAAUCUACGCUAUCUGUGUUGCUGUCUCCAUGAUUCCAUCCUCAUUGGUUGUUGUGCUUACAAUCACCAUGUCUGUUGGUGCAAAGGUUAUGUCGAGUAAACACGUUAUUGUUAGAAAGCUGGAUUCUCUUGAAGCAUUGGGCUCCAUCAACGAUAUCUGUUCUGAUAAGACUGGUACUUUGACUCAAGGUAAGAUGAUUGUCAAGUCAUGCUGGAUUCCAUCUGUCGGAACUUAUCAAGUCAUUGACGCCAACGAGCCAUUCAACCCAACACUUGGAACCGUUAAAUUCCAGGGACUUUCUCCGUACGAUUUGUCACAGUCUGAAGAUGAAAAAGAUUCUGUUUUGAACGAGUGCAAACCAAACGAUCUCUUUGACAAGUGGCUUGAGACUGCUACUUUGGCAAACAUUGCAACUGUUUUCCAAGACAACCAAGGUGAGUGGAAAGCACACGGUGACCCAACAGAGAUUGCCAUUCAAGUCUUUGCCCACAGAAACAACUAUGCAAGAGAACAAUUCACUGAGGGGGAUGAUGCCCAAUACAAGCACCUCGCCGAGUUCCCAUUCGAUUCGUCUGUGAAGAAGAUGUCUGCUAUCUACGCUAAGAAGAACGACGAAAAGAGUAAAUAUAUCUACACAAAGGGUGCUGUUGAACGUGUUAUCCAAACUUGCAUCAACUGGUAUGUUAACGGUGAAUUGACUGAGCUCACUGCUGAUGACGUUGCAAAGAUUGAAGAAAACAUGAAUACUAUGUCCUCGGAAGGUUUGCGUGUGUUGGCAUUUGCCUCCAGAGUUGUCCCAUCUGAUUUUGACAUUUCUCAACGUGAGUCUGUUGAAGAACAACUCACUUUCCUUGGUUUGGUUGGUAUCUACGAUCCUCCACGUCUUGAAUCUCGUGGUGCUGUCAAAAAGUGUCACAAGGCUGGUAUUAAUGUUCAUAUGUUGACUGGUGAUCACCCAGGUACUGCCAGAGCUAUUGCACAGGAAGUUGGUAUCUUACCACACAACUUGUACCACUACGCUCAGGAUGUUGUUGAUGCUAUGGUUAUGACUGCUAAGCAAUUUGAUGAUUUGUCUGAAGACGAAAUUGAUCAACUUCCAGUCCUGCCGUUGGUUAUUGCUCGUUGUUCUCCAAAGACUAAAGUGCGUAUGAUUGAUGCGCUUCAUCGUCGUAAGAAAUUCUGUGCCAUGACUGGUGAUGGUGUUAAUGACUCGCCUUCUUUGAAAAAGGCUGAUGUUGGUAUUGCUAUGGGUAUUGCAGGUUCAGAUGUUGCUAAGGAUGCGUCUGAUAUUGUUCUCAGUGAUGAUAACUUUGCCUCCAUCAUGAAUGGUAUUGAGGAAGGUAGAAGAAUGAACGACAACAUUCAGAAGUUUGUUCUUCAGUUACUUGCUGAGAAUUUCUGUCAGGCUUUGUUCUUGAUGAUUGGUUUGGUGUUCAAAGACGAGAACGGAGUCUCUGUCUUCCCGUUGUCCCCAGUUGAAGUGCUGUGGAUUAUUGUUAUUACAUCGUGUUUCCCAGCCAUGGGUCUUGGUGUUGAGGCUGCCCAACCAGAUGUCAUGGAGAGAGAUCCAAAACCUGCUAAUGAAUCCGUUUUCUCUUGGGAAAUGAUUGUGGACUUGGUUGCUUAUGGUAUCAUGUUGGCGAUUGCGUGUCUGGCUGCCUUUGUUAUCGUUAUGUACGCUUGGGGUGAUGGUAACUUUGGCUAUGAUUGUAACAGCACUAGUGCCACGAGUGUCUGUGACUGGGUCUUCCGUGCCCGUUCUUGUACAUUUGGAACUAUGACCUGGGGAGCUUUGGUUCUUGCUUGGGAAGUGAUUGAUAUGAGACGUUCUCUCUUUGCCAUGAAACCAGAGACCGAUACCCCAUACACUCAAGUGUUUAGAGAUUUGUGGUCUAAUCAAUUCCUGUUCUGGUCAGUUGUUGGUGGUUUCAUCUCUUGUUUCCCAGUUGUCUACAUUCCAGUUAUCAACAAGAAAGUGUUCUUACACGGUCCAAUUGGUAAAGAGUGGGGUAUAUCUGUUGCUACUACAGUUGCAUUCUGGCUUGGAUGUGAGGUUUACAAGUUCUUCAAGAGAGUGUACUAUAAGAAGGAAAGAUCUCACAACCCAGAGUACGAUUUGGAGAGAAAGAACCCAUUCGAGAAGUAUGUUUCCUUCUCCAGAGCCAACACGGCUCAAGGACCAAAUGUCCCAAUCAACUAGAAUCAUUCUUGUGUUUUGCAUUCAUUUCUCUUCCAUUAAUUGUUUUUUGAUUUCCAUUAUUGCCGUUUCAUUUACUUUUAAAUUAUCUGCUUUCCUUGUUCAUUUGAUACAGUAUA